CUCCAGGACGAGCCGCCGCGCGAGGACGCGCUGCCCAUCUUGCGCUACUGCCGGGAGCCCAGCCGCUACGGAGAUGGGACCCCCCGGGAAGCCAGUCCCUUCAUCAGCAAUGUGGACGUGGACCGGGAGAUGUUCUCGGAAGGAAAGAACAUGGCCCUUUUUGAGGAGGAGAUGGACAGAAACCCCAUGGUGUCCUCGCUGCUCAACAAGCUGGCCAACUACACCAACCUGAGCCAGGGUGUGGUGGAGCAUGAGGAGGCCGAGGACAGCCGGCGCAAAGAAGUCAAGACCCCACACAUGGGCACCUUCAUCGGCGUCUACCUGCCCUGCCUGCAGAACAUCCUGGGGGUCAUCCUCUUCCUGAGGCUCACCUGGAUCGUUGGUGUGGCUGGGGUGCUGGAGUCCCUGCUCAUCGUGUCCCUGUGCUGCGCCUGCACCAUGCUGACUACCAUCUCCAUGAGUGCCAUCGCCACCAACGGCGUGGUCCCAGCGGGGGGCUCCUACUACAUGAUCUCCCGCUCCCUGGGGCCUGAGUUCGGAGGCGCCGUCGGGCUCUGCUUCUACCUAGGCACCACGUUUGCGGGGGCCAUGUACAUACUGGGCACCAUUGAGAUAUUCCUGACUUAUAUCUCCCCGAGUGCGGCGGUCUUCCCGGCGGACAAAACGGGCGGGGAGGCCACAGCCAUGCUGCACAACAUGCGUGUCUAUGGCACGUGCACACUGGCCCUCAUGGCCGCUGUGGUCUUCGUGGGCGUCAAGUAUGUCAACAAGCUGGCCCUGGUGUUCCUGGCCUGUGUGGUGCUGUCCAUCCUGGCCAUCUACGCUGGUGUCAUCAAGACCGCCUUCGACCCGCCCCACAUCCCGGUCUGCCUCCUGGGGAACCGCACGCUCUCCUGGCGUAACUUCGAUGCCUGCGCCAAGCUCAUCGCCAACAGCUCAGUGCCCACGGCCCUCUGGGGGCUCUUCUGCAACGGCUCGUCUGCCGACGCCUGCGACGGAUACUUCACCCGCAACAACCUGUCGGUCAUCCAGGGCAUCCCCGGCGUGGCCAGCGGCGUCCUCCUGGACAACCUGUGGAGUACCUACCUGGACAAGGGCUCGUUUGUGGAGAAGGAGGGCGUGGCCUCAGUCCACGUGCCUGAGGAGACUGCCGCCGGGCCCCGGCCCUACGUGCUCACCGACAUCCUGACCCACUUCACCUUGCUGGUGGGGAUCUACUUUCCCUCCGUGACCGGCAUCAUGGCCGGCUCGAACCGCUCCGGGGACCUCAGGGACGCGCAGAAGUCCAUCCCCACGGGCACCAUCAUGGCCAUCGUGACCACGUCCUUCAUCUACCUGUCCUGCAUUGUGCUGUUCGGAGCUUGCAUUGAGGGUGUGGUCCUGCGAGACAAGUUCGGGGAAGCCCUGCAGGGUAAGCUGGUCAUCGGCAUGCUGGCCUGGCCGUCCCCCUGGGUCAUUGUCAUCGGCUCCUUCUUCUCCACCUGUGGCGCCGGCCUGCAGAGCCUGACGGGGGCCCCGCGUCUGCUGCAGGCCAUUGCCCGUGACGGCAUCGUGCCCUUCCUACAGGUGUUUGGCCACGGGAAGGCCAACGGGGAGCCCACGUGGGCCCUGCUGCUGACCGCCCUCAUCUGUGAGAUCGGCAUCCUCAUCGCAUCACUGGACAGCGUGGCGCCCAUCCUGUCCAUGUUCUUCCUCAUGUGCUACAUGUUCGUGAACCUGGCCUGUGCCGUGCAGACCCUGCUGCGCACCCCCAACUGGCGCCCACGCUUCAAGUACUACCACUGGACCCUGUCUUUCCUGGGCAUGAGCCUGUGUCUGGCCCUGAUGUUCAUCUGCUCCUGGUACUACGCCCUGUGCGCCAUGCUCAUCGCUGGCUGCAUCUACAAGUACAUCGAGUACCGCGGGGCCGAGAAGGAGUGGGGCGAUGGCAUCCGGGGCUUGUCCCUGAACGCUGCCCGCUACGCACUGCUCCGUGUGGAGCACGGCCCUCCCCACACGAAGAACUGGCGGCCCCAGGUGCUGGUGAUGCUGACCCUGGACGAGGAGCAGGCUGUGAAGCACCCACGCCUGCUCUCCUUCACUGCCCAGCUGAAGGCCGGCAAGGGCCUGACCAUUGUGGGCGCCGUGCUUGAGGGCACCUACCUGGACAAGCACACGGAGGCCCAGCGCGCCGAGGAGAACAUCCGGUCCCUGAUGGGUGUGGAGAAGGCCAAGGGCUUCUGCCAGCUGGUGGUGUCCGCCAGCCUGCGCGACGGCACGUCCCACCUGAUCCAGUCGGCCGGGCUCGGCGGCAUGAAGCACAACACGGUGCUGAUGGCCUGGCCCGACGCGUGGAGGCAGGCCGACAACCCCUUCUCCUGGAAGAACUUUGUCGACACGGUCCGGGACACCACAGCGGCCCAGCAGGCACUGCUGGUGGCCAAGAACGUGGGCCUGUUCCCUCAGAACCACGAGCGCUUGGGCGGCGGGCACAUCGACGUGUGGUGGGUCGUGCACGACGGGGGCAUGCUCAUGCUGCUGCCCUUCCUGCUGCGCCAGCACAAGGUGUGGAGGAAGUGCCGGAUGCGCAUCUUCACGGUGGCCCAGGUGGACGACAACAGCAUCCAGAUGAAGAAGGACCUGCAGGUGUUCUUGUACCACCUGCGCAUCAGCGCCGAGGUGGAGGUGGUGGAGAUGGUGGAGAGUGACAUCUCGGCGUUCACAUACGAAAAGACGCUGAUGAUGGAGCAGAGGUCCCAGAUGCUGAAGCAGAUGCAGCUGUCCAAGAACGAGCGCCAGAGGGAGGCCCAGCUGAUUCAUGACCGUAACACAGCGUCCCACUCUGCAGUAGCUGCCAAGACCCAGGCGCCGCCCACGCCGGACCGGGUGCAGAUGACAUGGACCAAGGAGAAGCUGGUGGCCGAGAAGCACAAGGUCAAGGAUGCCAACAUGGCAGGCUUCAAGGACAUCUUCAGCCUGAAGCCGAACCAGUCCAAUGUCCGGAGGAUGCACACGGCGGUGAAGCUGAAUGGCGUGGUGCUCAGCCGGUCCCAGGAUGCCCAGUUGGUGCUGCUGAACAUGCCCGGCCCCCCGAAGAACCGGCAGGGUGACGAGAACUACAUGGAGUUCCUGGAAGUCCUCACGGAGGGUCUGAACCGCGUGCUGCUGGUCCGAGGCGGGGGCCGGGAGGUGAUCACCAUCUAUUCAUGAGGCCAUCGCAGCCCCCCACCCCACCAAGAUCGCCAAGUCCACCCUCCCACCCCAGCUCUCCGCAGAAGGUGGGCACACCUGGGCCUCCUGCCGCCACCCCCAGGACGGAGCCCGGGUCCCAGCACACCCACAGCAGCAGAGCUGGAGCCUGGGGGUGCGCUGUGUCAGCACCCCACCCGACUUCCAUAGACCCUCCACACUGGCCGGCCAGUGGAAGGUGGAGGGGUGUGCUUCCAGCCCUCCCUCCCUCCCUAUGGCCCCACAGCCACACCCUGCCUCCCCCCAUGUUGGCCUAUUUAUUUAUUUAACCCUGGCAGCAGCCUCUGUGAGCUGAGAGGUCCCUGGGGUGGGCUGGCCCCAGUGCACCUCACACUUGAACUGAGCUGCCUGGGAGGCUCGGGCUGCUGGAGGGUCAGCCCCAGAACUGCAGACCUGGGGGCGGGGGGCUGCAGCAAGCGAGGGGUGGGGGCAGUGCAGGGGAGCAGUGUCAGCACGGAGGGACUCUACAAUCAGGGCCGGCCACCCUGAUCCACACGUCCACCAUAGCCUGCUGCCUCGGCUCAGCUUGAGCCCGACUCACGUUGCAGUGGGUUGAUCACCCAACACAUGGGCACAGCGGGGCCAUAGCCAGCCCCUCACCCUGUCUGACCACAUGUGAGCUGGUCAGUCACCCCUGAACCUUCACACCCUGCGUCCAGACUUGCACUGCUUCUGAUCUCUGUCCACACACGGGGGAUGCUCCCUGGGCGUGUAUGCACUUCACAUCUGUGUCCACACUUCACAUCUGUGUACACACACCGGGGACACUCCCUGGGUGCGUGCACACUUCACAUCUCUGUGUGCACACCGGGGAUGCUCCCUGGGAGUGUGUAUACUUCAUAUUUGUGUACACACACCGGGGACACUCCCUGGGUGCGUGCACACUUUACAACUCUAUACACACACCGGGGACACUCCCUGGGUGCGUGCACACUUCACAUCUCUGCACACCGGGGAUGCUCCCUGGGAGUGUGUACACUUCACAUCUUUGUACAUGCACCGGGGACAUUCCCUGGGCACGUACACACUUUACACUUCUGUACACACACUGGGGACACUCCCUAGGCAUGUACAUACUUCACAUCUGUGUACACACCAGGGACACUCCCUGGGUGUGUGUACACUUCACAUCUCUGUCCACACACCGGGCGGGGACACUCCCUGGGCAUGUGCACACUUCCUCAGCCGCUCCGUGUCUCCCUCCUGUAGGUUCUGAGUGUAUCUCUUGUAAGUGGAAGAAUAAAGUUGUGUGGAUCUGA